GGAAAUGUGCCAAUAGCAUCUAGGCUCUACAUCUACCACAGGCCGGGAUGGGGGACGCGGCCGAGCAGCUGCAGCUGCUGCUCUCCGGGAUGGUGGCUCGGGACGUGCUCGAGGGCCUUCAUGUCGACGACCUCUUCAACUGUGCGCGCUACAACGCGCUCUGGGAAGAGGCCGUCCUGCCACUGCUGGCAACGAGGCUUCGCUUCUUCGCGCUACUGCAGGACAGAUUAGAGGAUCCAUUCACGCACAGCAAAUUUCUUGAAGAACUCCACUCGCGUCUUGCAAUCGCCGAGAAAGCGUCAAAGCAUCCAUCAUUUGCCAUGAUCCUCUGCGCAGAAAAGCACUAUGAUUUGUCCAGCAUCGCCUCUUGCUUCCCCAAUGACGUCAGCGUGGUUCAGAUGGACGUGCAGUGCCCUGUCACCGCUCAGCGGUGCGGAAUCAAGGAACGGCGUGAUGCCAGCGUGUGCGUGCUGGUCUUCUACGGGUCACCCGGUGCGACGUUCGAGUGCGAGUGGUCGCCGUACGCCGCCUGCGGAACUCCCCUUGCCCCGGCGGGGCUCUUUGACCAGCUGAAACGCACCAUUCCUCUCUGCGGCGGCGAGGACGUGUACCGACAUCGAAACACGGGGCUGCCAGCGCGGUUUGCCCUGUACAUUACCAACGCCUUUGACAGAGCUGCGAUGUUCAGGCGGCAGCCGAGCCUGUUCGACGUGGGUCUUUGCAUCCUGUGGACCCCGCGUCUGCGCAUUUACCCAGGCACUACGCAAGUCGGCUCCCCUGCGCCGGCGUACUGGGGCGCGAUGUCAUUCGGGGAGAACGUCAAGGCCGCUUGCGUAAAGUACGCCGGAAGGACAACAGUGCUGCAGAUGUGUAAUGACCUGGACACCGUUCGAGCGAGCCUGGACGACAUCAGCGACGUCCUAGUGCUCUUCUUCCAGGAAGAUGAGCUGAAGGCACCCGUCGUGGAAGCGAUAUGUGCAGCAUUCGAAGGCGCUGCCCUCGUUAUGGGGACUGCGUGCUCGCUGGCGCUGGACGCUAAUUUAUGUGCCUUUGACAUUAAGCCGACCGGGGAUGUGCAGAUUUCGUUGUGCCUGCAGACACCGGUCGUCGUGCUCGUUUUAGUCAUUCGUUAGGGCCCCAGCUAACGGAAGGUUGCUUCAAGGCGUGUAGACGUCACUGAGGUGUAUCGUGUCCUCCCGCCACCCCCCACCCCCUUCCGGUGUUACCUUGGACCUCACUUGAAAAAAAUACUCUUUCGCACAUCACGCUCUCCCCGAGAAAGAGCCGAAACGAUUGAGCCGGUAUGAAGCGCGAGCCUUUUGAGACCAACAUCGACCAGCAUUGUCAAGUACAGGCAAACGGUCACAAUACAAACACAAUAACAGACUGAUAUAACAUGCAUUUCCAGACAUGUUAUGCGUGCUUUGGUACUGUACCCCUUUUUACAUCGCAACAA